AGUCAAACUUCAUGUGGCAUGUCGGGGAAGUGCCAAAUAACUAACUGAUAAGGUUGCUGAUUCUACCAAGUACUCGAACGAGACUGAGUCUACAGGGAGUUCUCAGAAGAAGGAAUCCUUCAUGACGAAACUGGUCCGCAAGCUAAUGCCAUGCAAUGCCCCUAGCGAUCACGCGCAUGCGACUGACGUCGAUAGUCAUGAUUCCGUGCAAUACAAGAUCAUUGACUCGGCAGCCAGCAACAGCUCAGCGCCACCGGCCGGCUCCAAUGAAAAGCAGGAUGAAGUUAAGAAGGAACGGGAAAGGCCAACUUUCCCAGUAAUUAUCGACUCGGAAGCGUCCCCUCUCUCAACGCAAACCACCCUCACAGAGGUUGACGUUGACUUUUCCCUCAUGCCAACCAAGGCCUUCUUCCCCAGGUUUGAAACAGAGGGGAUGACUAGCGGAGCAGUCAAACCUCCAGGAUCGACAGGGACAGAUACAUUCUCGCCUUUACAAUUUUCUCCAUCAUACACAUCAUCGAGGGGUACCAAAUCACAUGCUGAAGAUAUCUCACAUACAGCGACAGAUUCUGAAAACAGUGUCACAGACCUUAAAGAGGGCCACAGGGAAAAGCAAGUACCUGAAAUCGAAGAAGUAGAACCGAUGGAGGAUGCUCUUAUCCUGGAUGGAGGUACUGGCAUCCCGAUAGGGCCCGAUGGUGUACCACACCCACUUUUGCCCCCAAUAUCAUCCCAACACAAGGGGCGUAAAUGUCUCGUCCUUGACCUCGACGAGACCCUUGUUCAUAGCAGUUUUGGGUCUCUUCAACACGCGGAUUAUAUUGUACCAGUGGAGAUUGAGUGUCUUUGGCACGAUGUGAACGUCAUCAAGCGUCCGGGUGUGGAUGACUUUCUGAAGAAGAUGGGCGAAAUAUAUGAGGUGGUGGUAUUCACCGCCAGCGUGAGCAAGUUUGCGGACCCGGUCCUAGAUAAGCUAGACAUUCAUCAAGCAGUGUCGCAUCGACUAUUCAGAGAGAGUUGCUAUAGCCACAAUGGAGACUAUGUCAAGGAUCUCUCCCAGCUGGGUCGCCCGCUUGCAAGUAUCGUCAUUCUGGACAAUUCUCCGGCAUCAUAUACUUUCCACCCCAAUAAUGCGAUCCCUGUUUCUUCCUGGUUUAAUGAUCCACAUGACACGGAGCUCACUGAUCUCUGUCCUUUCCUUGUGGAUCUUGGCGGCGUAAGAGAUGUUCGUGGGGUCUUGGAUGCUGAUCUCAGUAUGAGUGAUGGAGUAUUGGAUCUAAGGAAGAAGAAAUCAAGAAGGCUGUGAGCUGCGACUGCUUUGACCUCGCAAUUUUAAUGAGAUAUUAUCUGGAACAUCAUAUUGACAUCUGGUUUGGGGCUGCGAUUUUUCCAGUGUUGGGUGCAUUCGUACGACGCCGAUCGUUACCAGUAAUUCUUGCCAUCAAGAGCAGCUAACCAUAUUGCGAUAUAUCUUCUACUUGCAUAACUAGUAUUAACAUUGUAACAUUUUCCUUCCUGGAUCUUUAUUUCUGUUUUCAUUUCACACGUACGGCGAUGCCUGUCUUAUCUUGUUCGCACAAAAUCACGAUAUAUAACGAACUAUCAUAAUUGUAGUGUUAACGCUACAUACUCACGACUGUAUCUGCUUGC